AUGGCUUCUGAAGCGCAGCUCGCGGUAAACUCUUCCUCGGGGGCCGCAACUUUUUCCUCAUCCGCAGGGCUUCAUAUCGAUAUCCCCAACUUGCCCAUGCGUCGGAGUGCCAGGAAUCAGCGGAACAUGGCCGUGGAACGGAAUCUUCAAAUAAAAACCUUGUCAACAACGAACUCAAGGAAUAAUGCCACUGCAAGCCCCUUGAAUGCCGAAGAUUUAGGGAAACAAAUGGCGGCGACGGAAGCGAGCAACAAAAUAUCCUCUCGGGCGUUAUUGAGCGCUACAGGUCUCCGAACUGUGCGCAGCGUGUCGUGCAUGGAGAUUGGUGUGGGCGAGAGCUCCCCGGAUGCGUCUACGAGGGAGAUGGGAAGCGUUCGUACCUCGCUUUUGGAUAUGGGGCAGAUAAGGGAACGGAAAGGUUCAACAACCAUAGACACGGAGACUAGCGGAAAGGGGAACUUCCACAAUUUCAUGAAGAAGAGCACAGUUAUUGGUGCUCGCUCCCCUGUGUCACCUGAUGCACCGCAGUUGGAGGACACAAUGGAACCGAACACAAUAUCGCUAGAGGGGAUGUUGCGUGAGGCCUCAAAAAUUCAUGGCAUUCGUCUGAGGUGGGUCCUCUAUGGUGUCAUGUUGCUGACCAUGACAAUUUUUCUGUUCCUGAUAGGGGAAUUUCGUUCCCUAGUGAAAGACACUGUUGUUGUUCCAGAAGAGGAAUCCGUCGUGAUCUCAUCGGCUACCGCCGUCAAUCAAGUGGAGUGGCUGCAACAGGCUGUGAGGAAUACUUUACAUGGCUUCGAUUUAGCACGCAGCUCCCUCGACCAUGCCUUGAUGAACCGCACCCUUGAAUUUCUUUGCAGAAGCAUCGGUGGAGCUCCUUUAGUCUUUGCAACAUAUGAUGGUCAUAUGGGUGCGCCACGGAGGGCGUCGUAUAGGUGCUCCACUUCCGCCUUUGCUUCAGUUGACGCUCCGCUCUCGAUGAACAUCUUACAUGAGCUGCCGAGGGGAUUUCCAUGUAUGGCCGUUUACCGCUCUGAUUAUAUUAUUGCCAUGAUGAAUUCAACAGCUGGGUCUGAAGUUAUUACGGUUAUUCUGCAAAAGGAGCCUGUGGGACGUCUGCUGCUUGCAAACUAUAUGCCAAACUAUAGCGCGUUGACAUUACGGCACCAUGCCAUUUCCUUCCUUUUUCCAGAGUUUGCAUCCUCAAAUAUUGUCGUCGCUAUGCACACUUUAGACCAAACCUACACGAGCUACGCUGUGGCGCAGCCAACUCCACUGGGUCAAACUUUGCAGAACUACUUCAAACGUAUUUGUGCCGUUGGGCAAGCUCAAAUUUGGCAUACUGUCGUGCGGCCCUACGUGAAUGCGUCACGUACGUUGGAAUAUGAUGCGCAGGGCUCCCACAAUAUGAUGCCUGAUCCCCACGUAGAGUACAAGGGGGUGUGGGGGAGUGUUUCACGCGUGGCUAUUUGUGGUGUUGUAUGCUCGCACCCUGAAGAAAAUGAGUGCACCACUGCGAAUCCCACAGGUGUCUGGUUCAUCGUCGAUGAUAGGCCAUUAAGACAAGAGGCUGAAAUGGCGUUGGUUGCCGUUUCCAUCGUCGGUGUUUUCGCUUUGUUUCUAAUCUUGGCGGCGCUUGUUACUGCGUACCUGAGUAUCAGCGUCCCUUUGCACCAUUUGACAUCACUCAUCUUCAACACGAUGGGGGACAAGCGGAAUAAGACGAUGCAGCAGCGCUGGAUCUUUCGAUACACACGGUAUUUCUGGCCAGGGGACCUGCAAGCGUUGGUGCGAACGUUUCAGCUGCUUUCUUUUUGCUUUCAUUUUAACAAGAAAUACGUCCCGCAGCAUGUGCUUGAGCAGCAGGUGCGUGCCUUGCAAAAUCGCAAGGAUUACUUGUGGCGCACCAUCGUUGAGGAGAUUGAAUCAGAAGAGGAGAAUGAAGAAGAGGGGGAGGAGGAUAACAUGGACACCGGGGCUAGUGAUCCUGUGGAUAUGGAGGUAUUUGUCAAAACCGUUUCUGUGGCUGAAAAGGCUACCGCUAUGGGCCAGUUAAACGGGUCUCAUCGGUUGUUGCCACGUGAAAGCAGCAUGUAUGGCUGGAUUUCCCCAGAUACGGAGGCCUGCGAGAGAGCUGGAAAUGUGGCCUCGGGACACAGCGGUGUCGAAGUGGGUACACGCGGCAUGAGUCUGGUGGAAGGGGCCACGGUCCUUGUCGUCCGUCUCCGUGCUGUAGAGUUGGCGUACUUCACCAACUAUAGGGCUGCCUUGAAGCCGCAUCGCCGUAUAAUGAAUUUACUCCUUGGACGAAUUCGUCGCUACCGUGGGGAGUUAUUUGAGCGUUCCGGGGAAUGUAUUGCGGCCGCGUGGAAUGCCUUUGAAAGCCGCACGGAUCACACUGAGCGAGCCGCUGCUUGUGCGUUAAGCAUUGCCAGAAUGCUGUCAAGCUACCGCGAGGCUGGGUUUUGUGUGGGCAUUGUGCUGCACCAGGGUCCACUCAUUUGUGGUGUGGUGGAGGACAACAAGGAGGCCUUUACGACCGUUUUUGGCACAGUGCCCCGUCAAGCCAUUGCGCUUGCCGAAUUGGCGUCUUCCCUUUCCUACUUUAGUGUCCUUGUGUCAGAACCGGUGAAGCAGUCGCUGGCCUCACGCUAUGAAUGCAUUAUGGUGGAUGUCAUUAAGUACCAUGUGGAAGACAAUCCCAUUGUGAUGUUUGAGCUUUACGAGGAGCGGCGAGCAACGCUAGUAAAAGGGACACCGUUGGCAUCGUCGGCAUUCGCGGAGGAGCAUGCACGCGUGUUUUUUGACUUUAGAAAUCACGAGUUCACGCGUGCUAUGAUAGGUAUUGCGCAAUUACGCGCCCGCUUCCCUGGACACGGGCGCCGGCUGCUGGACCGUCUUGAGAUGCUCUGCAUGUACUACAUGCACCACCAAAAUGAACUGCCGAUGCCGUACUUUCGUCCAUUCCCCAUCUGGUCAAACUUUGAAGCCAUUGCGUGCACGGAUUGCCUUCCUGGCAUGUGCGCUCAUGGCAGUAAAGAAGACUUCUUCUUGGAUGCACCGCAGUUCCCGCAACCUCCCAAGUUGAUAUAUGACGAUGACACAGUGAAUUUCCGUCAGGAGCUCCACGACAAUGUCCUCGCCUCCAAGCGAACGCAUAGCUCAUCGCCCACGGUGAAGGCAAUAGGUCAUGUAUCUCCCAAACAUGCGGAGAUGAGCAUCAAGGGGUCACCUUGUGUAUCUUCCAGGUUAGGUUCCACGCAAGCUGCGCCACAUUCGCCAACGUAUUCGGAAUUGCUAAAGGGAAUUGGUGGUAAAGCAGAGUCUGAAGAAAACCGUACCAAAUUUUUUCUAACUGUGGCGGCACAUUCGCCGCAUGCGGAACCAACUGAGCACUCGGCAGAGGUCAGUCAUAGGAGGGAGGUUGGUGUGAACGCGGAAGACGAGUACAAAUAUGGAGGGGUGUCUGCGCUUUCCAUCCACACACCCACCAACACUUGUGCCACAGCUAACGUUUUCGAAUCUGGGAGUGAAAAGAAGGAUGCUUGUGGCGACGAGGAAAAAGAUGCAGCUGGACGGCAGCGCUUUUCCUUUACCAAUCGCAUGGAAUCGGUCGCUAAGGCGGCUCGCAGUUGCAGCUUCAUCCAUGGCGCAGAUUCAUUUACAUCCGGUAACAGCGAAACGAUGGGGAACGCCCCCACUCUCUCCUUUGGUGACAUUGGCGGGUCUUUCACGAAAACGACUUCUGAGAUCCCAACGGAAAUCGUUGCCAAGAAUGGCAUCACCUACCUACGAAGCUCCCGCAUUCUUGGUAGAGGCUCAUUUGGGUGUGUCUACCUUGGCAUGGAUAUUCUCAGCGGUCGCAUGGUUGCCAUAAAGUUUCUGCCGCUCCCCUCGGAGGAGGAGGAGAUCGCCAACGUGGAGAGGGAGGUGGUUACGAUGCAAAAGGUUAAGAGUAAUCAAGUGGUGGAAUUUAUUUCAUACGCUUUCAAUAGCAAUCUUAUUAUUAUCGUUAUGGAAUGUAUGCUGGCGGGUUCACUGCAUGGGAUACUUUCCGCCUUUGGUAGUAUCCCCGGUACAACGGCUCGCCUCUUUAUUCGAGAUGUGCUGCGUGGUCUUCACAAGUUGCACUCAUUGGGGGUUAUACACCGUGACGUGAAGCCACAAAAUGUUCUUCUUACGCUUGCUGGCAACUGCAAAAUUUCAGACUUUGGGGCUUCAGCCUUCCUACAGGAACUUGUCCGCCGGCAGAGGGAGGGGAAGGGACUUCAGGUGUUGGGGACACCGGUGUACUUGGCGCCGGAGGCUGCGCGAGGCACACCGGAGGAGAAGAGUGACAUAUGGAGCUGCGGCAUCAUGUUCAUUCAGCUGUUGACGGGAAGUUUACCGUACGAAAAACAAUUUCUCGAGAUGCCGCCGGAGGUUCUUGUCUUUCAGAUUGGCAGUGGCGCGGCGAAGCCCAUCAUUCCCGACACUCUGGACGCGUUCCAUGCCGAGUUUGUUUGCAGCUGCCUAAAAGAGGACCCGAAAGAGCGCCUUUCAGCGCAGCGCCUGCAGGAGCUGCCGCUCUUCGCGCUGUAG